AAUGUUUUUAUACUCCGGCGUCAAUUAGGCGAAAUGACCUCUCCUUCCUCGCCGCGCCGUCAUCGGGAAACUGAUGGUGGCGGUGCCGGUGCCGGAAAGGAUGAUAGGCCAAGGUUCUUUGAUUUGAAGGCAAAAGCAAAGUGCUGGUCCAACGCAGAGAUCGUUUCCGGCCGGCAUCCUGAACGGUGGCGGAAGGACGCUGCUGGUAAUAUAGUAUGCAAGCGCUUCUGCAAUUGUCAAGGCUGUCUCUGCUUCGAGUAUGAUCACAUAAUCCCUUACUCCAAAGGUGGUGAAUCUGUUGCGGAAAAUUGUCAGAUUCUUCAGACAAGGGUUAAUAGACUUAAAUCAAACAAAGAGAUUAUUGAUUCUUCUCAAUUACAAGACUAUUCUUGUGAUAUCAAGUUCACUGAUAAGGAGCUUGACAUAAUUGAAAUGGCGGUUUAUGGAGAUGUGAUUCGUCCUGGAAAUCAAUGUCGAUGUAGAACAGUAGCUGAAAUGCUUGGCAAAUUCAAGCCUAAAGACAAAGCUGUUAGUGCUGCUGCUGCUUGUAAGUUGCCUUAUGAUGAACAACAAUCAUCCUCAUAGCUAAUAAUUGGAAAACUCAUUAUUGGUUCUGAUUUUAAUAAACAAAUUUGAUCUAUUUGUAUCUUUUUAAAGUUUAAUGAUUUAUUUAAACAUUAAUGGAAAGUUCAAGGACUUAUUAUCCUUUUUUCCUCCUGAAAUAAUAAUUCAAUGACUUUAAGUAGAGGGCCCGUUUGUUUAUUAUUGUAACACUGACUUUAAGUAAAACAAUAUUUUAAUGAUUGAAUUUAAACCAC